AUGCCGCCAUCAUGGAGAUCCACGAGUCUGUCUGAGGAAGACUCGAAGGGCCGCUUCAGUGAGAAGUUCUGCAUAAUUCAGGAUAAAGUGUAUCGAAAAACUCCAAGAGGAGAUGGAACACACUGCACCCAUUACCGUGUCUUCAUCCCCUCUAACCUACUGAAGAUUACAGGAGGUGGUGUACUGGCCAGGCAUAUGGGUUGAUACCAAGAUGUUUGUACAGCAGUGUGAAGUCUGCCAGAAAUACAAACCAGACAUUGGCAGACCUGCCGGGAAACUGCAGCAGACCGUUGUGAACCAUCCCAAUGAAAUGCUGGGAAUUUUCCUCCCAGUCGGGGGACCUGGAAUUAAUUCUUAUUGGUGGUAGUGGACUACUACACACACUGGGUGGAGUUGUUUCCACUCCGCAAAGCCACUGCAUCCGCCAUUGAUCUAAUUUUGCGAAUGGAGGUCUUUACCAGAUUCGUGAUUCCAGACCAGAUUCUCUCUGACCGAGGACCACAGUUCAUGUCUGGAAUCUACAAAGAGCUCUGUACCUACUGGGGUGUAGUUGCCAAGCUGACCACUGCCUACCAUCCUCAGACCAACCUGGCGAGAGGGUAAAUCGCACCCUGAAGGGGAUGAUUACUUUGUGGGGGAUCAGCAUCUUCCUGAGUAUCGCUUUGUACUGAACUCUGCGGUCCAGGAGACUUCUGGGGUCACUCCCACCAAACUCCACCUGGGGAGACACUAAAAGGUCAGAUGGAGAGAACCUUCCAAAUUCCCCUCGUUUCACUUGACUGCCCAGCAUUUGAUGCAGUCCCCCACCACCAUACCUUGCUAGCCAGAGUGGAGGCUAGCAGAAUCAAAGCCAAACAACGACAGCUCAGAAACUAUGACAAACAUAGAAGAGACAUGUGUUUCUCACCCUAGUCUCGUGUCUGGGUCCGUUCUCAUAAUCUGUCAAAUGCGUCCAAGCAGUUCACUGCAAAGCUAGCUUCGAGAUGCAAAGGUCCUUUCUAUGUGGUGCAGCAGGGCCCGGUGAACUACUUGGUCUCUUUGGAGAACACGGGGGAAGAUGUCAGGACGGUGCAUGUUGUUGACCUAGAGCCCUGCUACCCUACGGCAGAAGAGCUGGAUCGCAGGCAAAAGCAACACCUGCAGGAAUUCUUCUUAGAGGACCCUGUUGACUUCCCUGGUUUUGUGUAGUAUGAACAUGAACCUGCCAAAGCGUGCAUCCUCUCUGUUUCUACAGGCUCUUUUUUCAUGGGGAAGGAGUGUGGCGAAAUCCUGCACAGAGCCUUGAAUCACGGUUCACCAUCUGGCAGUCCCGACGGAUGAAUCUGGGUUUGGCGGAUGCCAUUAGAACACUACCUGCCCCAGUGCCAACUGUACAGUUUGGUGGAGGAGGAAUAAUGGUAUGGGGCUGUUUUUCAUGGUUCGGGCCCCUUAGUUUCAGUGAAGGGAAAUCUUAACGCUACACCAUACAAUGACAUUCUAGACGAUUCUGUGGUUCCAACUUUGUAGCAACAGUGUGGGGAAGGCCCUUUCCUGUUUCAGCAUGACAAUGCCCCCGUGCACAAAGCGAGGUCCAUACAGAAAUGGUUUGUCGAGAUCGGUGUUGAAGAACUUGACUGCACAGACCCCUAACCUCAACCCUAUCGAACACCAUUGGGAUGAAUUGGAACGCCGACUGCGACCCAGGCCUAAUCGGCCAACAUCAGUGCCUGACCUGACUAAUGCUCUUGUGGCUGAAUGGAAGCAAGUCCCUGCAGCAAUGUUCCAACAUCUAUUGGAAAGCCUUCCCAGAAGAGUGGAGGCUGUUAUAGCAGCAAAGGGGGGACCAACUCCAUAUUAAUGCCCAUGAUUUUGGAAUGAGAUGUUUUCCACAUACUUUUGUUCAUGUAGUGCCUACGGAAAGUAUUCAGACCCCUUGACUUUUUCCACAUUUUGUUACGUUACAGCCUUAUUCUAAAAUUGAUUAAGUUGUUUUUUCCCCUCAUCAAUCUACACACAAUGCCCCAUAAUGUACAUUUUAUUAAAAAUAGAAAAAACUAUCACAUUUACAUUAGUAUUCAGACCCUUUACUCAGUACUUUGUUGACGCACCUUUGGCAGCGAUUACAGCAUCGAGUCUUCUUGGGUAUGAAGCUACAAGCUUGGCACACCUGUAUUUGGGGAGUUUCUCCCAUUUUUCUCUGUAGAUCCUCUCAAGUGCUGUCCAGUUGGAUGGGGAGUGUCGCUGCACAGCUAUUUCCAGAGAUGUUCGAUCAGUUUCAAGUCCGGGCUCUGGCUGGGUCACUCAAGGACAUUCAGAGACUUGUCCCGUAGCCACUCCUGAGUUGUCGUAGGGUCGUUGUCCUGUUGGAAGGUGAACCUUCGCCCCAAUCUGAGGUCCUGAGCUGGUUUUCAUCAAGAUUUCUCUGUACUUUGCUCCGUUCAUCUUUGCCUCGAUCCUGACUAGUCUCCCAGUCCCUACAGCUGAAAAACAUCCCUACAGCCUGAUGCUGCCACCACCAUGCUUCACCGUAGGGAUGGUGCCAGGUUUCCUCCAGACGUGACGUUUGGCAUUCAGGCCAAAGAGUUUCAUCUUGGUUUCAUCAGACCAGAAAAUAUUGUUUCUCAUGGUCUGAGAGUCACUCCAAGCGGGCUGCCAUGUGCCUUUUACUGAGGAGUGGCUUCCGUCUGGCCUCUCUACCAUAAAGGCCUGAUUGGUGGAGUGCUGCAGAGAUGGUUAUCCUUCUGGAAGGUUCUGCCAUCUCCACAGAGGAACUCUAGAACUCUUGGUCACCUCCCUGACCAAGGCCCUUCUCCCUCGAUUGCUCAGUUUGGCCGGGCGGCCAGCUCUAGGAAGAGUCUUGGUGGUUCCAAACUUCUUCCAUUUAAGAAUGAGGGAGGCCACUGUGUUCCUGGUGGACCUUCAACGCUGCAGAAAUGUUUUGGUACCCUACCCCAGAUCUGUGCCUCGACACAAUCCUGUCUCUGAGCUCUACGGACAAUUCCUUCGACCUCAUGGCUUGGUUUUUGCUCUGACAUGCACUGUCAGCUGUGGGACCUCAUAUAGACAGGUGUGUGCCUUUCCAAAUCAUGUCCAAUCAAUUGAAUUUACCACAGGUGGACUCCAAUCAAGUUGUAAAAACAUCUCAAGGAUGAUCAAUGGAAACAGGAUGCCAUGAGCUUAAUUUUGAGUCUCAUAGGAAAGGGUCUGAAUACUUAUGUAAAUAAGGUAUUUCUGUAAAAUUUUGAAUACAUUUGCAAAAAAAUCUAAAAAAACCAGUUUUCCCUUUGUCAUUAUGGGGUAUUGUGUGUAGAUUGCUAGAAAAAGAAGGCUGUAACGUAACAAAAUGUGGAAAAAGUCAAGGGUUAUGAAUACUUUCCGAAGGCGCCGUAUGUAUGAAAAUAUCCUCAAAUAAAAGGUGACAUUCUGUACUGUCGCCUCAUGAAACAUUUUAUCUCAAAUCCAAAAUGCUGGACUAUAGAGCCAAGUUAAAAGUUUUAGCUUCACUGACCAAAGAAAGGUGUGUGUGUGUGUGUGUGCGUCUCAGAGCUGGAGGUCCGGCAGCAGCGUGGAGGUCUCUUACAGGGGACGUUACUGCUCACUGUGUCAGACCCCCAGGAGCCUGGACUGGGCAGUGGGGGAGCCACUCUCAAUGCACUGCUGGUGGCAGCCGAACACCUGAGUGCCAGAGCUGGAUACACUGUAAGUGGUUCCACACUCACAAUAUGUCCAUAGAAUAUCAUAAAAAUAUAACUUAGAGGUGUAGAGACAAAGGAAAAAUUCCACUGCAAGUAUUGUGAGUCCGUUUGUGCAUUUUAGUUUAUUAGACCAUAAAGUCUUUGUAUAUUGAUGACAUUUUUGUCUAGUUUACCGACUGAAUAGAUUCCUGUAACUGAAAUAUACAAAUGUUAUUGUCUUGACUGUAUUGUGGUGAUACCCUCUUGUUGGGGUAUAUUAAUUGUGGAGCAUUUUUACGUUUUACAUUUUAGUCAUUUAGCAGACGCUCUUAUCCAGAGCGACUUACAGUUAGAGUGCAUACUUUUUUUUUUCAUACUGCAGAACUAUGCACUUAUCCAAUGUUGUUUUCAGGUUGUUACCGCGGAUGUCCUUGAUGAUGCCCAUAUCCUGAUCUUGCACACGGUAAGACUGGAAGGGUAGCAGAGGACAGGUAGAAGGAGAGAGUGGGGCGGCGAGGUCGACUGGAUCGGGAAUGAGGUUUCAAAUGUGAGAUUUAAUGUACUAUUAUUAUUCACAUGGACAUUGGAGUAAUCUCUCUCUUUCUGUGUUUUUCUCUCUGUCCUCCCCACCUCUCCUGUCUUUCUGUAGGGACGUGACUUUCCCUGGGAUAGCUGUGGCAGGGCUUUCUGCUGGCUGCCUGUGGAAAAGCCAGCUCAGACUGUGCAGGGACCUGUCUGCUGCCUGGAUAUUCUGCUAGACUGCCUUUCCAAUCAGGUUAGCCAUAAUCCUGUUUGUUGGAGACACCCACUAGACUAAGGGUCACCUACUCUGGUCCUGGAGUGGGAUUACUUCUCCAUUAAUGGGGCGGUUGGUACAAGUGGCUUGGUAUCAUCCAUUAAUACAAGCUGCUCUGUAUCAUUUUCUCAGGUUUUCAAGCCACCUGCUUUCCAUCAUUGAAUGUGAUGAUAAUUAUACAGCAAUACACUUAAAUUCAAGCCUAGAACACCGUUUAGAAAUGACAGCACUUUUUGUACAUAGUCCCCCCAUUUUAGGGUACCAAAAGUAUUGGGACAAAUUCACUUAUGUAUUAAAGUAGUCAAAAGUUUCAUAUUUCGUCUUAUAUUCCUAGCACGCAAAUAUUACAUCAAGCUUGUGACUCUACCAACUUGUUGGAUGCAUUUGCUGUUUGUUUUGUUUUGUGUUGCAGAUUGUUUUAUGCCCAAUAGAAAUGAAUGGUAAAUAAUGUAUUGUGUUAUUUUGGAGUCACUUUUAUUGUAAAUAAGAAUAGAAUGUUUCUAAACACUUCUAAAUUAAUGUGGAUGCUACAAUGAUUAUGGAUAGUCUGGAAUGAAUCGUGAUUGAGAAAGUUACAGACGCACAAAUGUCAUACCCCCAAGACAUGCUAACCUCUCACCGUUACACUGUUUUGGGGUAUGAUAUUUGUGCGUCUAACUUUCUCACUCAUCAUUAUUCACGAUUCAUUCAGAACUAUCCGUAAUCAUGGUAGCAUCCACAUUAACUCAUUACCUUCAUGCAUUCUCUGUUAAAUCUUCUAGACCAUGCUGUAAAUCAAGUAGCCAAUAGCAGAUAAUCAACAUAUAUAAUCAACAUAAAUGUAGGGGUAUUGGAUUGGAUCCAACAUUGGAUCCAAUAUGUUGAUGUCUCGUUCGUUGCGCAAGUGAAGUUGUGAUUCAUCAAAUUCUGGACUUUCUUCCGAUCACCGUUUUCCGCACUGGCUGUUUUUGCAUUGCACGCUAUAUCACAACAGCUGAUUGUCACUUAACUGUCAUUCAGAAAAAUAUUUCCUGGAUCAAUUGAUGGUCGACAAUAUCCCUAGGCCUAACAACAGCUGGACACCAAAUGUGCAUUCAACAAGUAGGUCGAUUAGCCUACGCAUAGCCUAUAGAAGAACCACGCAAGUUAGUUGACUUUUGGUCUAGGAGCAUUUGAUUUAGCAAUUGCAUGCGUCAUUUUGGAUUUGUGUGCCCAUGAAAACUGGUUUCACGGCAUAGCCUAAAAUAUCAAUAUGAACAUUUGAUAAAGCGGUGCUGCCAUUAAUAGCACACUAUCUCAUAAACUCAGCAAGACUUUUGUCCGGCUGAUGGCCCAUACGGGGUCAGAAGAAAAUAUCAUAGGCCUAGUUUUAUUAUAUUGAUAAUUAGGUUCUAUAGAGCAAAUUUCAAGAAAAUGAAUUAUUAUAAGGUUGAAAUCACUUUUCUUUAUGUGCAUGUUUUUAAUUAAUUAGUAGGUUUAUGGAUUACAUUUUUCAAGUUAUUUGCCCAACCCUGUUUUAUUUAUUCUGUCUGAAAAGGAAGACAACGAAUGCAGCACAUUUUAUUCAUGUAUUUAUACAAUAUUCUGCCCAUAUGAAUGAAUUUAUAUACAAUAUACAAUAUUGUGGCGCAGUGGUCUAAGGCACUGCAUCGCAGUGCUAGCUGUGCCACUAGAGAUCCUGGUUCGAAUCCAGGCUCUGUCGUAGCCGGCCGCGACCGGGAGACCCAUGGGGCGGCACACAAUUGGCCCAGUGUCGUCUAGGGUGGGGGAGGGAAUGGCCGGCAGGGUUGUAGCUCAGUUGGUAGAGCAUGGCGUUUGCAACGCCAGGGUUGUGGGUUCGAUUCCCACGGGGGGUAUGAAAAAAAUAAUAUAUUAAAAAUAAUAAUAAUGUAUGCCCUCACUAACUGUAAGUCGCUCUGGAUAAGAGCGUCUGCUAAAUGACUAAAAUGUAAAUGUAAAUCUUCUGCCCAUAUGAACAAAUUUGUUUUAGGGCAUUAGGGAACCAAUAUGAGAGCCUUCAGACAGGUUUAAACAAGUUUCCCCCAUUGUUCCCCAGCCAAUCGCGCACACACUUUGUUCCCCAGCCAAUCAUGCACACGCGGGUGCGGACGAAAGAGUCGCCAACAAAGGAGUUAACUUCUGCUGCAGCCUUCGCUGCGAAAUAUAAUGCGGUGCAUCCAUGAAAUAAAUAUCUGCUGCCAAUGUAAUUACAGUAGAUAGCAGGUUGUUCUGUUUUCUUAGAACAAUUCAUUAGCCCACAGUGAAUUGUUUGUGUUUUUAGUAGGGCUAUAGUCUUUUAUUGAUAAAUAUUUCAUUUGUUGAUGUUUUGUGUGUCAUGUCCAUUGACUUUUGUUUGUAUUAACUGCGAUAUGGGUAUGAUAAAUCGGUUACAACAUUGACUAUACCAUUCUCUAUUAGCCCCAAUUUGGUUAGUACUUCUGAUUUUAAAAUUAUAUACACAAUAAACCGAUUUAAUCAAUUGCUUUGAAUAUGGUGUGCCACAAGGCUCUAUGUUGGGGUCAGUGCUUUUUGAAUAAAAUUCAUGACACCAGGUCAAGAACAACAUCUUUCCUACCUCUAUUUUUUGGUCAAUGGCUGAACUCACUUGUGAAGUUGUGUUGUGUCUGCCUCACAUAAAGUUUGUCUCUGCCCUGUUUUGUCCAUCUGUAGGUGUGCCCUGGUUCUCCCCCGGGUGUUUGGGUGUGCAGCACUGACAUGAUCCUGACCAUGCCAACUACCUUCAGUUAAAUCCUUUCUAAAAUUCCAUUCUGAUCUAUUUUUUAAAAACCUGUCUCCCCCACUGUCUCUUAAUAUUAUUUCUCUUCUGUCUUUCAGAAAUGUCAUGGGAGGGUUUUUCUGGGGUCCGUGUGUUGGCACUACCUAGUGAUGUCUCUUACGCCGCCAAUCAUGGAGUCUACUUCGCUGAUGAGCAGGUACAUAACCUUAAGGAUAGAUCUCUUACUGAAUGGAAUUACAAACUCUAGAUACAGUGCCUUCAGAAAGUAUUCACACCCGUUUGCUUUUGUUACAGCCUGAAUUUAAAAUGGAUUAAAUUAAGAUUUUGUGUCACUGGCCUACACACAAUACCCCAUAAUGUCAAAGUGGAUUAUAUAUAUUUUUUUGGUACAAAUGUCUUGAGUCAAUAAGUAUUCAACCCCUUUGUUAUGGCAAGCCUAAAUAACUUCAGGAGUAAACAUUUGCUUAACAAGUCACAUAAUAAGUUCCAUGGACUCACUCUGUGUGCAAUAAUAGACAUGAUUUUUGAAUGACUACCUCAUCUCUGUACUCCACACAUACAAUUAUCUGUAAGGUCUAGGGAUUAAUAUUUUCCCGAAAACCUACCAAGUUUCAAAACUGGGAAUAAUUCAUAUUUAUCCCGAGAGUACCGGGAAAUACUGCAAAAAAGUGCCAAUUUAAAGCGUUUAAAACCAAGAUAUGGUCAGGGUUCUCCUAAAAUAAGAUUGUCGCUGCGCCACAUUGCUGUUUUGGCUGCACCACUAUAUAAAGAUUUGACAGCAAAUGAAACUGAUAUUUAGUAAUGAUAGUAGCUUUGAUCGCCACUGACAUUGUUAUUAAUUGCGAACAGGCCGUUCAUAAAUUCAGAGCAUUAUCAUGUUCCUCAAUUAAUUCAGCACAUUUCAGCAGUAGUCCUAGGCUAUCUCGACACAGAGCGCCAUAGCAUUGUCGAAUCAUACAAACUUUGCAACGCCAGUUAAACAAAAGUCAAAUGGCCAAAGUUGCUAAGCUUGCUAGAUAACCUCCCAUGAAUGACAGAAUAUCUCCUAUUUGUUAAAAUCGAGUUGAUGAUUAUACAGAUAGCAUAUCAGCUCAUGAGUAACGGGGAGAUGAAGAGAGGAAAUUGUUUAAACAUCAAGGUAUCUUAACGGGGACCAACUCUGUUUAAAUAUAAAAAUAUCCAUAUCUACUCUAAUACCGUUUGUUGAUCACACAUUCUCUACCGACACUCAUAUGGGAAGCAAUAUGAAACAGCACAGAGAAGCAGGGGAAAUGUUAUGGUGGUAUUUUGACAUGCAUAGGCGAGAUGUGCUUUGAUAAUGCAGCCUAUGGAUUACAGAAUAAUGUUAGGAAUUUUCAUGCGAGACAGGAGUCCGAAUUGUGGCUUUCAGUGGGAUUGGAACGAUAGGAAAAUAGCCUCUAGCUAAGGCUAUAUAAGGCUACUGCGUGAGUCAAUAGAUAAAUAAUACACUUGAUUUAGGCUACAUUAUUGUAUGCUAAAUGUUUUGGAUCAGUGAUAGAUGAGCAAACAAAUAAAUGAUCUACCACUUCCACUUGUUCAGCCAGAGAUCAAUUAACCAAAUAUACAGUUGUGGUCAAAAGGUUUGAGAAAGACACAAAUAUUAAUUUUCACAAAGUCUGCUGCCUCAGUUUUUAUGAUGGCAAUUUGCAUAUACUCCAGAAUGUUAUGAAGAGUGAUCAGAUGAAUUGCAAUUAAUUGCAAAGUCCCUCUUUGCCAUGAAAAUGAACUUAAUCCCCAAAAAACAUUUCCACUGCAUUUCAGCCCUGCCACAAAAGGACCAGCUGACAUCAUGUCAGUGAUUCUCUCGUUAACACAGGUGAGAGUGUUGACGAGGACAAGGCUGGAGAUCACUCUGUCAUGCUGAUUGAGUUAGAAUAACAGACUGGAAGCUUUAAAAGCAGGGUGGUGCUUGAAAUCAUUGUUCUUCCUCUGUUAACCAUGGUUACCUGCAAGGAAACACGUGCCGUCAUCAUUGCUUUGCACAAAAAGGGCUUCACAGGCAAGGAUAUUGCUGCUAGUAAGAUUGCACCGAAAUCAACAAUUUAUCGGGUCAUCAAGAACUUCAAUGAGAGAGGUUAAAUUGUUGUGAAGAAGGCUUCAGGGUGCCCAAGAAAGUCCAGCAAGCGCCAGGACCGUUUCCUAAAGUUGAUUCCGCUGCGGGAUUGGGGCACCACCAGUGCAGAGCUUGCUCAGGAAUGGCAGCAGGCAGGUGUGAGUGCAUCUGCACGCACAGUGAGGCGAAGACUUUUGGAGGAUGGCCUGGUGUCAAGAAGGGCAGUGAGGAAGCCACUUCUCUCCAGGAAAAACAUCAGGGACAGACUGAUAUUCUGCAAAAGGUACAGGGAUUGGACUGCUGAGGACUGGGGUAAAGUCAUUUUCUCUGAUGAAUCCCCUUUCCGAUUGUUUGGGGCAUCCGGAAAAAAGCUUGUUCGGAGAAGACAAGGUGAGUGCUACCAUCAGUCCUGUGUCAUGUCAACAGUAAAGCAUCCUGAGACCAUUCAUGUGUGGGGUUGCUUCUCAGCCAAGGGAGUGGGCUCACUCACAAUUUUGCCUAAGAACACAGCCAAGAAUAAAGAAUGGUACCAACACAUCCUCCGAGAGCAACUUCUCCCAACCAUCCAAGAACAGUUUGGUGAUGAACAAUGCCUUUUCCUGCAUGAUGGAGCACCUUGCCAUAAGGCAAAAGUGAUAACUAAGUGGCUCGGGGAACAAAACAUCUACAUUUUGGGUCCAUGGCCAGGAAACUCCCCAGACCUUAAUCCCAUUGAGAACUUGUGGUCAAUCCUCAAGAGGCGGGUGGACAAACAAAAACCCACAAAUUCGGACAAACUCCAAGCAUUGAUUAUGCAAGAAUGGGCUGCCAUCAGUCAGGAUGUGGCCCAGAAGUUAAUUGACAGCUUGCCAGGGCGGAUUGCAGAAGUCUUGAAAAAGAAGGGUCAACACUGCAAAUAUUGACUCUUUGCAUAAACUUAAUGUAAUUGUAAAUAAAAGUCUUUGACACUUAUGGAAUGCUUGUAAUUAUUCUUCAGUAUACCAUAGUAACAUCUGACAAAAAUAUCUAAAAACACUGAAGCAGCAAACUUUGUGAAGACCAAUACUUGUCAUUCUCAAAACUUUUGACCUCAACUGUACAGACAGAUAUUCAGUGAAACAAAAUCACAUUGAUUGACUAUCAGUGUGAUUAGUUGAGCAGUGAAUUUCAAACACACAUUCAACCACAAAGACCAGGGAGGAUUUCCAGUGCCGCGCAAAGAAGGGCACCUAUUGGUAGAUUGAUAUGAGGCCAAUAGUGACUUUAAAAACGUUAGAGAGUUUCAUGGCUGUGAUAGGAGAAAACUGAGGAUGGAUCAACAACAUUGUAGUUACUCCACAAUACUAACCUAACUGACAGAGUGAAAAGAAGGAACCCUGUACAGAACAAAAUAUUCAGAAUCACACAUCCUGUUUUCAACAAGGCACUACAGUAAUCCUGCAAAAAAUGUGGCAAAGAGAAUUCACUUUUUGUACUGAAUACGAAGUGUUUGGAUAAAAGCGUCUGCUAAAUGGCUUAUUAUUAUUAUUAUUAUUAUUAUUAUUAUUAUUAUGUUUGGGGCAAAUCCAAUACACACAUUACAGAGUACCACUCUCCAUAUUUUCAAGCAUAGUGUUGGCUGCAUCAUGUUAUGGGUAUGCUUGUAAUCAUUAAGGACUGGGGAGGUUUUCAGGAUAAAAUUGAAACGUAAUGGAGCUAAGCACCGGGAAAAUCCUAAAACACAAGGCCAAAUCUACACUGGAGUUCCUUACCAAGACAGUGAAUGUUAUUGAGUGGCCGAGUUACAGUUUUGAAUUAAUCUACUUGAAAAUCUACGGCAAGACUUAAAAUGGUUGUCUAACAAUGAUCAACAACCAAUUUCAAGGAGCUUGAAGAAUUUUGAAAAUAAUAAUGGGCAAAUGUUGCACAGUCCAGGUGUGUAAGCUCUUAGAGACUUACCCAGAGAGACUCACAGCUGUAAUCGCCGCCAAAGGUGCUUCUACAAAUUAUUGACUCGGGUGUGACUACUUAUGUGAAUGAGAUAUUUCUGUAUUUCAUUUUCAAUCAAUUUGGAAACAUUUCUAAAAACAUGUUUUUACUUUGUAAUUAUUGAGUAUUGUGUGUAGAUGUAAAUAUAUUUAAUCAAUUUUGAAUUCAGGCUGUAACACAACAAAAUGUGGAAUAAGUCAAGGGGUAUGAAUACUUUCUGAAGGCACUGUACGCAUUCUUUUGACAGCAUGUUUAUGAACAAUUGCUGCAUGAAGAUGGUUGUUCAUAAAUAGUGCCAAAUGGUUGUUUCUCUCUGCUCAUAGGGUAGAGUACGUGACAUCAUCUACAAGGGGACAGAGGAGAGGAUUCGCCAAGCCGCACAGCCUGAUGGGAUGGUGCCACUGGUAAGUCAAAGAUAGUGAAUAUAGGAAAAUAUCCAGAAACAUAUUUUUUCUUCAAUAAAAAGAGUCAUGGGAAUACCUAGACGGCCGGUAGCCAAGCGGUUACAGCGUUGGGCCAGGAACUGAAAGGUUGCUGGUUCGAAAACCCGAGCCGACAAGGUGAAACAUUAUCUGCCCUUGAGCAAGGCAAUUAACAUUAAUUUACUCCAGGGGCGCCGUCCUACUAUGGCUGACCCUGUGAAACAACUGAUUUCACUGCACCUACAGUGGGGAGAACAAGUAUUUGAUACACUGCCGAUUUUACAGGUUUUCCUACUUACAAAGCAUGUAGAGGUCUGUAAUUUUUAUCAUAGGUACACUUCAACUGUGAGAGACAGAAUUUAAAACAAAAAUUCAGAAAAUCACAUUGUAUGAUUUGUUUGUAAUUAAUUUGCAUUUUAUUGCAUGACAUAAGUAUUUGAUCACCUACCAACCAGUAAGAAUUCCGGCUCUCACAGACCUGUUAGUUUUUCUUUAAGAAGCCCUCCUGUUCUCCACUCAUUACCUGUAUUAACUGCACCUGUUUGAACUCGUUACCUGUAUAAAAGACACCUGUCCACACACUCAAUCAAACAGACUCCAACCUCUCCACAAUGGCAAAGACCAGAGAGCUGUGUAAGGACAUCAGGGAUAAAAUUGUAGACCUGCGCAAGGCUGGGAUGGGCUACAGGACAAUAGGCAAGCAGCUUGGUGAGAAGGCAACAACUGUUGGCACAAUUAUUAGAAAAUGGAAGAAGUUCAAGAUGACGGUCAAUCACCCUCAGUCUGGGGCUCCAUGCAAGAUCUCACCUCAAUGAUCAUGAGGAAGGUGAGGGAUCAGCCCAGAACUACACGGCAGGACCUGGUCAAUGACCUGAAGAGAGCUGGGACCACAGUCUCAAAGAAAACCAUUAGUAACACACUACGCCGUCAUGGAUUAAAAUCCUGCAGCGCACGCAAGGUCCCCCUGCUCAAGCCAGCGCAUGUCCAGGCCCGUCUGAAGUUUGCCAAUGACCAUCUGGAUGAUCCAGAGGAGGAAUGGGAGAAGGUCAUGUGGUCUGAUGAGACAAAAAUAGAGCUUUUUGGUCUAAACUCCACUUGCCGUGUUUGGAGGAAGAAGAAGGAUGAGUACAACCCCAAGAACACCAUCCCAACCGUCGAAGCAUGGAGGUGGAAACAUCAUUCUUUGGGGAUGCUUUUCUGCAAAGGGGACAGGACGACUCCACCGUAUUGAGGGGAGGAUGGAUGGGGCCAUGUAUCGCGAGAUCUUGGCCAACAACCUCCUUCCCUCAGUAAGAGCAUUGAAGAAACACACAGCCAGGGCAACUAAGGAGUGGCUCCGUAAGAAGCAUCUCAAGGUCCUGGAGUGGCCUAGCCAGUCUCCAGACCUGAACCCAAUAGAAAAUCUUUGGAGGGAGCUAAAGUCGUAUUGCAGCGACAGCCCGAAACCUGAAGGAUCUGGAGAAGGUCGAUGGAGGAGUGGGCCAAAAUCCUGCUGCGUGUGUGCAACCGGGCAAGACCUACGGAAAACGAUGAUCUCGGUAAUUGCAAACAAGGUUUCGUCCAAAUAUUACCGCUUUCUGUUUCAAUCUGCAUGCAUAAGAAGUUAAAACUAAAAAAAUACUUUUUUUUUUUUUUUUUUUUGUUUUCCAAAAGCCCAAAAUUAAAAAAAAAAAUUUUUUGCAAAAUACUACCUACUGACAGAAAAGAAUCAAAAAUUCGAACACACUCCUGUUUUCAACAAGGCACUACAGUAUCCUGCAAAAUGUGGCAAAGAGAAUUCACUUUUGUACUGAAUACGAAGUGUUUGGAUAAAAGCGUCUGCUAAAUGGCAUAUUAUUAUUAUUAUUAUUAUUAUGUUUGGGGCAAAUCCAAUACACACAUUACAGAGUACCACUCUCCAUAUUUUCAAGCAUAGUGUUGGCUGCAUCAUGUUAUGGGUAUGCUUGUAAUCAUUAAGGACUGGGGAGGUUUUCAGGAUAAAAUGGAAACGUAAUGGAGCUAAGCACCGGGAAAAGCCUAAAACACAAGGCCAAAUCUACACUGGAGUUCCUUAUCAAGACAGUGAAUGUUAUUGAGUGGCCGAGUUACAGUUUUUAAUUAAUCUACUUGAAAAUCUACGGCAAUACUUAAAAUGGUUGUCUAACAAUGAUCAACAACCAAUUUCAAGGAGCUUGAAGAAUUUUGAAAAUAAUAAUGGGCAAAUGUUGCACAGUCCAGGUGUGUAAGCUCUUAGAGACUUACCCAGAGAGACUCACAGCUGUAAUCGCCGCCAAAGGUGCUUCUACAAAUUAUUGACUCGGGUGUGACUACUUAUGUGAAUGAGAUAUUUCUGUAUUUCAUUUUCAAUCAAUUUGGAAACAUUUCUAAAAACAUGUUUUUACUUUGUAAUUAUUGAGUAUUGUGUGUAGAUGUAAAUAUAUUUAAUCAAUUUUGAAUUCAGUCUGUAACACAACAAAAUGUGGAAUAAGUCAAGGGGUAUGAAUACUUUCUGAAGGCACUGUACGCAUUCUUUUGACAGCAUGUUUAUGAACAAUUGCUGCAUGAAGAUGGUUGUUCAUAAAUAGUGCCAAAUGGUUGUUUCUCUCUGCUCAUAGGGUAGAGUACGUGACAUCAUCUACAAGGGGACAGAGGAGAGGAUUCGCCAAGCCGCACAGCCUGAUGGGAUGGUGCCACUGGUAAGUCAAAGAUAGUGAAUAUAGGAAAAUAUCCAGAAACAUAUUUUUUCUUCAAUAAAAAGAGUCAUGGGAAUACCUAGACGGCCGGUAGCCAAGCGGUUACAGCGUUGGGCCAGGAACUGAAAGGUUGCUGGUUCGAAAACCCGAGCCGACAAGGUGAAACAUUAUCUGCCCUUGAGCAAGGCAAUUAACAUUAAUUUACUCCAGGGGCGCCGUCCUACUAUGGCUGACCCUGUGAAACAACUGAUUUCACUGCACCUAUCUGUUGUACUGUAUGUGAUAAUACAACAUUUUAGUUUAUGAGCAUGCAGCACAUGUAAUGAUGUAACUCCAUUCAGGUGUCAGGGCCUGUGUUCUUCUGCAGGAGGGUACUAGAGCGAUUGCUGAAGGCCCAUGUUACCUCUCCCCUUGAUGGUUGCACGUACAUGGGCAUGGACUCAGGGGCACCACCCCUUCAGGUAUUCAGUCUUCAUCUUUAAUUCUCAUUUCUAAUUCUCAGUUUCUUUACCUCUGUCUUUGUGCCUGUCACCCUCCCUUUCUUCUUGUAUCUGUGGGUGACAUUUCAUCUUCUGUAUCAAUUUCACUCUUCCACAUCUUUGCACCCUCCCCUCAAACACAGUUCUGUUAUUUCUAGGUUUACACAAAGCUCUUUUCCCCUCUGGUUUUAUUCUGAUACAACCUUAUCCUCCGUCUCAUCCCUUCAUUGUCUUUCUUUCCAUGGUUAUUUAUUCUCUGCAGAUCUCCCUCUUUCUGGAUUUGUUGAUGUGUCUUUGCACAGACCUGAGUGAGUCCGAGUUUGUGAAUGGGGAGAGGUCGGGCUGCAGUUCCCCCAUCAGUCAACAGGGAGCAGUAGUGAGGAGCGCACGGGCCUUGCUAUGGAGGAUACUGAGAGGCACCACUCUCCAUAUGGGUAUGUCACUUUCUAUGUGGUACAUCACUCUCUGUACAUGCCAAAUGUGCCAUCCUAUUACAAGUGGUUCAUACAUGUGUUUGGUUUUCUCCUUGCAGUUUACGUUCCUGGCGGUUGCUACGACUACCUGACUCUGUCCGGUAGAGAGCACAUUGGCCGCCUGACAAAGAUGGGGACAGAGAGAGACACUCUGUCACACAUACAGGUACCGUACUGGCAAAUAUAUUUUAUGUUUGAGAUUCUUCAAAGUAUCCACCUUUUAACACACUUAACCGAUCAGGGUUGGGUUAUAAAAAAAUAUCCGAAACUUUGAACAUCCCACGGACCACCAUUAAAUCCAUUAUUUAAAAAAGGAAAGAAUAUGGCACCACAACAAACCUGCCAAGAGAGGGCCGCCCACCAAAACUCGCAGACCAGGCAAGGAGGGCAUUAAUCAGAGAGGCAACAAAGAGACCAAAGAUAACCCUGAAGGAGCUGCAAAGCUCCACAGUGGAGAUUGGAGUAUCUUUCCAUAGGACCACGUUAAGCCGUACACUCCAUAGAGCUGGGCUUUACGGAAGAGUGGCCAGAAAAAAGCCAUUGCUUAAAUAAAUAAAUUUGCAAACACGUUUGGUAUUCGCCAAAAGGCAUGUGGGAGACUCCCCAAACAUAUAGAAGAAUAUGUUUUUAAUCGGCAGGGACUGGGAAACUGGUCAGAAUUGAAGGAAAGAUGGAUGGCGCUAAAUACAGGGAAAUUCUUGCGAGAAACCUGUUUCAGUCUUCCAGAGAUUUGAGACUGGGAUGGAGGUUCACCUUCCAGCAGGAUAAUGACCCUAAGCAUACUGCUAAAGCAACACUCGAGUGGUUUAAGGGGAAACAUUUCAAUGUCUUGGAAUGGCCUAGUCAAAGCCCAGACCUCAAUCCAAUUGAGAAUCUGUAGUGUUACUUAAAGAUUGCUGUACACCAGCGGAACCCACCCAACUUGAAGGAGCUGGAGCAGUUUUGCCUUGAAGAAUGGGAAAAAAUCCCAGUGGUUAGAUGUGCCAAGCUUAUAGAGACAUACCCCAAGAGACUUGCAGCUGUAAUUGCUGCAAAAGGUGGCUCUACAAAGUAUUGACUUUGAAUAGUUAUGCAUGUUUUUUUUUUGGUCUUAUUUCUUGUUUUUCACAAUAAAGAAUAUUUUGCAUCUUCAAAGUGGUAGGCAUGUUGUUUAAAUCAAAAUGAUACAAACCCCCCCAAAAUCCUUUUUAAUUCCAGGUUGUAAGGCAACAAAGUAGGAAAAAUGCAAUGUCAGCACAAUAACUGUUUGUCGGGAGCAUCAUGAAAUGGGUUUCCAUGGCCGAGCAGCCGCACACAAGCCUAAGAUCACCAUGCGCAAUGCCAAGCGUCGGCUGGAGUGGUGUAAAGCUCGCCGCCAUUGGACUCUGGAGCAGUGGAAAUGCGUUCUCUGCAGUGAUGAAUCACGCUUCACCAUCUGGCAGUCUGACGGACAAAUCUGGGUUUGGCGGAUGCCAGGAGAACGCUACCUACCCCAAUGCGUAGUGCUAACUGUAAAGUUUGGUGGAGGAGGAAAAAUAGUCUGGGGCUGUUUUUCAUGGUUCGGGCUAGGCCCGUCAGUUCCAGUGAAGGGAAAUCUUAACGCUACAGCAUACAAUGACAUUCUAGACGAUUCUGUGCUUCCAACUUUGUGGCAACAGUUUGGGGAAGGCCCUUUCCUGUUUCAGCAUGACAAUGCCCCCGUGCACAAAGCGAGGUCCAUACAGAAAUGGUUUGUUGAGAUCGGUGUGGAUGAACUUGACUGGCUUGCACAAAGCCCUGACCUCAACCCCAUCGAACACCUUGGGGAUUAAUUGGAAUGCGACUGCGAGCCAUGCCUAAUCACCAGACAUUAGUGCCCGACCUCACGAAUGCGCUUGUGGCUGAAUGGAAGCAAGUCCCCGCAACAAUGUUCCAACAUCUAGUGGAAAGCCUUCCCAGAAGAGUGGAGGCUGUUAUAGCAGCAAAGGGGGGACCAACUCCAUAUUAAUGUCCUUGAUUUUAGAAUGAGAUGUUAAAGGAGCAGGUGUCCACAUACUUUUGGUCAUAUAGUGUAGCUACUAUAGUAAUGCGUUGGUAAACCCUCUACAAUCAUGCAGUACAGUGUACAGUCAAAAAGCAGUUUAGCAGCUACACCUGCAGGCCCCGGUGGCAAUAAAUUAAUAAAACCGAAAGCUUACCUUGACUUGGAAGAGUUCCACUGUUGGAUAGCCAUAGCCAGCUAGCUAACAUACUGUAGCAUCCCUUUCUGUUUGUGCCGGGUGUUUUGAGUAGGCUAAACUAGCUAGCUGCAUUCAGCUAGCUCUUUCUCUUUCCUACUCUCUCUUGCUUCUUCUUAAUUUUGGAAGAAAUUAAUUUGUUCAACUGUUUAACUAGUCUUUCUCUCUCUUUGAGUCAACUACUCACCACAUUUUAUUCACUGCAGUGCUCGCUAGCUGUAGCUUAUGCUUUCAGUACUAGAGUCAUUCUCUGAUCCUUUGAUUGGGUGGACAACAUGUCAGUUCAUGCUGCAAUAGCUCUGAUAGGUUGGAGGUCGUCCUCCAGAAGUUGUCAUAAUUACUUUGUAAGUCUAUGGAAGAGAGCCUCCUUGAGCCUCCUUGGUUUUGUAUCGAAGUCAAUGUACCCAGAGGAGGACAGAAGCUAGCUGUCCUCCGGCUACACCAUGGUGCUACCCUACAGACUGCUGCUGAGGCUACUGUAGACCUUCAUUCCAAAACAGUGUGUUUUAACCUCUACGUGAUCGGUGUACCGUAUACGGGACGGUUGAGCUAACGUGCGCUAAUGUGAUUAGCAUGACUAUUGUAAGUAAAAGCAAACUUUCCAGGACAUAGACAUGUCUUAUAUGGGCAGAAAGCUUAAAUUCUUGUUAAUCUAACUGCACUGUCAAAUUUACAGUAGCUAUUACAGUGAAAAAAUACCAUGCUAUUGUUUGAGGAGAGUGCACAACAACAAAAAACUUAUCACGGCAACUGGUUUGAUACAUUCACCUCUGAAGGUAAAUAAUGUACUUACAUUCAGUAAUCUUGCUCUGAUUUGUCAUCCUAAGGGUCCCAGAGAUAAAAUGUAGCAUAGUAUUGUUUGAUAAAAUCAAUUUUUAUAUUCAAAUGUAGGAACUGGGUUCUACAGUUUGAAACCCUGCUGUCUCUGGCUCCACACCCACCCCGCCCGGCCAUCUAGAUGUGUGAAAGUUAGUGUAUAAACUAAUGAUCCAUCAUGUAUGACAUUCCUGGGAGUAUGUAAACUUACAUGUUGUAUUACCAUAUAAUUUUUGUAUGUUCUCUAUAGUUAUGUACUUGAAACUGUAUCAAUUGACCAAUUCGGCACCUUUGGGCAGACUUGAUACAAAUUAGUCCAGUAUUACAAUGCUUCACUGGAUCAAUCUGAGAUUUUGCACACACACUGCUGCCAUCUAGUGGCCAAUAUCUAAAUUGUGCCUAAACUGCAAAUUAUAUUGUGGCCUUUCUCUUGCAUUUCAAAGAUGAUGGAACCAAAAAAAUUAUAGAACACGCAUGUUUUUUUUGUUUGUAUUAUCUUUUAUUAGAUCUAAUGUGUUAUAUUCUCAUACAUCAAUUUCACAUUUCCACCAAUUCAAAGUGUGUCCUUUAAAACGAUAUCAAGAAUAUGCAUAUCCUUGCUUCAGGUCCUGAGCUACAGGCAGUUAAGCGAAAAUUGUAGAAAAAAAAAAGAGUCAGAUCCUUAAGAGUUUAAUCAAUUAUUUGGUGACUUGUGAAUAUAUUUAGUAUAGUUUUAACUAAAAAGGAUCACUUUUUUGUUUCACUAUUUUUAUGAAAUUCACUGAGGAGGAUGGUCCUCCCCUUCUUCCUCUGAGGAGCCUCCACUGCGUACUGGGUAACCGUUCACUCAUACGGUCUACAUAAAGCUGCCAUUAACGUUGCAGGAAAAGGAAAUUGAAUUGAUCCCAACCAUGGUCACAACCCUAGCCAUGCAAUGUGUGUUUUUAAUAUCUGUCCAUGUCUUUCUGUCUGUGUUGUCCUCAGAAUGCCCAGUGUGUGAGUGAUGGAGGCAGGGUGAUCAACAGUGUUCUGGAGGGGGACGUCAUUGUUGCAUCAGGAGCAGUAAUCCAGCACUGCCACCUUCAGGUCUGGAGGAACUCAGAAAAUGUAGAACAAAAUGUGUACUUAAAACAUAUGCUGUGAUGUUGUAUAACCUUUGACCUCUUCUCCUAGGGUCCAGUGGAGGUGCAUUCAGGUUGUUUACUAUCAGGCCUGGAAGUGACCUCAUCAUCGCACAUCCAGCAGCUGGCCUUAACCAAUGACCACAUCAUCCAAGGGCACCACAUACAACUGGGAGAGAUGAAGGUCACUGUUUAUACAGUGCUGGGGGCUAACGAUGAUCUCAAGGUAGCAAGGCGCUGUCUUCUCUCCUUCUCCCUUCCACCUUCUUUAGAGAUUUCACCAUCGGAAUGAUAGGACUGUGGACAGAGACUGUUUAGAAUGUCUGUUGGUCUCUUACAGACUUUGCCUUCCCAUAGGUUUCCUGUGAUGACGAUGGUGCCACCUUCCUGAACCACAGAUGGAGUGACUUCUACAGCCGCACUGGAAUACAGUAAGCGUGUUAGCUUGACUGCUAACCUACUCUGAUCAUGAUUUGGACCCUUGGAAUGAUAAUUGUUAUAUUUACAGAGUCCCUCUGCUCUCUCUCCCCAGGCCUGAGGAUCUGUGGGUGUCCGGGAGGUCCCAGUCCCUCAUGGAGGCACGCCUGUUCCCAGUCUUCCAGCCGCGGGGGGGCGCUGUGGGGCUGGAUGUGGGGGUGUGCUGGCUGCUGGGUGGGCCAGGGGCACUGGAGCAGUGGAGGGCCGCCUGGAGGCUCUCUCUCCGAGAGGUCCUUUCCCUUACUGACCAGGAGGGGGAGCUGCGCUGGAGGGAGGCGCUGUUCUUCCAGGUGGGGAGGAGGAGAGUGAUGGACAACUUGAAGGGCCAGAGCGAUCGUGGGCUGUUGCCCAGCUUCAGGGCUGCCGUGCUUGGAGGCCAGCAUGAGGAGCUCCUCUGCACACUAGACUCCAGUGAGUACUUGAUGUCCCUUUAUUUGACCAUGGGAAGCGGAGUGAGAACACAUUGACAUUUACACAAGGAGUUGCAGUGCGGAGGCCCCGUCUUACUUUUUCACCUUUUCAACACUUGAAGUGUAUGCUCUCUAAAUGUGCGUUUAUGUGUGAAUUCCUGGGGGUGCAGGUGCCUGAAUGCAUUUCACAGGCUCAUUUUGCACUCUUCCUGUCAAUUGGCCAUAAGAAUGGAAAAAAAGGUGACUCUCUCUCAAUGACUAUAGUCAUCCCUUGUGCUCCAGUUGCAGCGGGCAGCAGAGAGAACCUGGGAGUGGCGGCCCGCUGCCUGGCCUGUAUAGCUGACGUGCUGGCCUGCAUGGCCGGGGAGGGCCGAGGGGGGCUGAGGAGCGGGCCGGCUGCUAACCCCGCCUGGAGCCAUGCCUUCUCCGUCCUGGAGCAGGGAGACCUGCUGGGUGGCGUCCAGGCCCUGGCCACCGAGAGAGCCAAAUGGCUCAGCAGGUCAGACCCAUACUGAUACUAUUAACUACUAACCCUCCAUUAGUAGGGGCUGCUAACAUAUGCAUGUUUGCACCAUAAUGCUUUCUCCCUGCAAUAUCAAUUCCUUAAAAAGUCUGCGGUCAAGAAGUAAAGGAAACCAGGAAUUAUUAUGAAACAUGUCAGGAGUGACAGUAUAUGACUGCCCCCUGCAGGCCACACUUGCUGGUGCGUGCUGCACGGCACUAUGAGGGGGCCGGGCAAGUGCUGCUACGACAGGCUGUGAUGUCAUCACAGAGAUUUAUCUCCAUUGGUCAAGGCGAGGUUCCACCCCUUGGGGAAUGGCAAGAUGUGGAGUGUCCUGCCAGAUUGGACCUUUCAGGUGAGUCAACGGCCCUGUUCAAUUUCACCCCUUAGACCAGUGUUUCCAAAACUUUGUCCUCGGGACCCCAAGGGGUGCACUUAAAAAAAUUAUUUGAAUUAGCUGUGCAGUGCUAGGGCAAAAACCAAAACGUGCAGCCCUUGGGGUCCUGAGGACUGAGUUUGGGAAACCCUGCCCUUUCCCCUAGCCAAACUCUAAUGGCAAAGCUCUUUGGAUGAGUUAUCCGUACUCUUUUAAACCCAGGACAAUACCCCUAAAAACAUACCCCCUAACUACAUGCUAUGGGAUCAUGGGGCCCCUUAGUUUAACAUCUAAUUUAAUGGGCCUGGUCCUAUAUCAGUUUGUGUUCUCUUGCCACAAAUCCCGUAGGAGUACUUCUCAAAAUAGGCUCUAUCCCACAGGUGGCUGGAGUGAUACUCCGCCCAUUGCCUUUGAACAUGGUGGCGCAGUGGUCAACGUGGCGGUGAAGGUCGACGGGAGACGGCCCAUUGGUGCCCGAGCUCGUCGCAUCAAAGAGCCCCGUCUGCUAUUGGUUAGUUCCAAUGGAGUGCAGGACGAUGCUGUCGCCAUGGAGAUAGUUUGCGAGAGGCUGGAGGAUCUGAAAGACCACUGUGUGCCACAUGCACCUGGUAAGAAUUAAAUGGGUUUUUAUGUGCAGUGCCUUGCAAAAGUAUUCAUCCCCCCUUUGCGUUUUUCCUAUUUUGUUGCAUUACAACCUGUAAUUUAAAUGGAUUUUAUUUGGAUUUAAUUUAAUGGACAUAUACAAAAUAGUCCAAAUUGGUGAAGUGUAAUGAAAAAAAUUCUAAAAAAUAAAUAUCGCAAAAGUGGUGCGUGCAUAUGUAUUCACCCCCCUUUGCUAUGAAGCCCCUAAAUAAGAUCUGGUGCAACCAAUUACCUUCAGAAGUCACAUAAUUAGUUAAAUAAAGUCCACCUGUGUGCAAUCUAAGUGUCACAUGAUCUCAGUAUAUAUACACCUGUUCUGAAAAGCCCCAGAGUCUGCAACACCACUAAGCAAGGGGCACCACCAAGCAAGCGGCACCAUGAAGACCAAGGAGCUCUCCAAACAGGUCAGGGACAAAGUUGUGAAGAAGUACAGAUCAGGGUUGGUUUAUAAAAAAAUAUCUGAAACUUAGAACAUCCCACGGACCACCAUUUAAAUCCAUUAUUAAAAAAUUGAAAGAAUAUGGCACCACAACAAACCUGCCAAGAGAGGGCCGCCCACUAAAACCCACGGACCAGGAAAGGAGGGCAUUAAUCAGAGAGGCAACAAAGAGACCAAAGAUAACCCUGAAGGAGCUGCAAAGCUCCACAGCGGAGAUUGGAGUAUCUGUCCAUAGGACCACUUUGAGCCGUACACUCCACAGAGCUGGGCUUUACGGAAGAGUGGCCAGAAAAAAGCCAUUGCUUAAAGAAAAAAAUAAGCAAACACGUUUGGUGUUCGCCAAAAGGCAUGUGGGAGACUCCCCAAACAUAUGGAAGAAGGUACUCUGGUCAGAUGAGACUAAAAUUGAGCUUUUUGGCCAUCAAGGAAAACGCUAUGUCUGGCGCAAACCCAACACCUCUCAUCACCCCGAGAACACCAUCCCCACAGUGAAGCAUGGUGGUGGCAGCAUCAUGCUGUGGGGAUGUUUUUCAUCGGCAGGGACUGGGAAACUAGUCAGAAUUGAAGGAAUGAUGGAUGGCGCUAAACACAGGGAAAUUCUUGAGGGAAACCUGUUUUAGUCUUCCAGAGAUUUGAGACUGGGACGGAGGUUCACCUUCCAGCAGGAUAAUGACCCUAAGCAUACUGCUAAAGCAACACUCGAGUGGUUUAAGGGGAAACAUUUAAAUGUCUUGGAAUGGCCUAGUCAAAGCCCAGACCUCAAUCCAAUUGAGAAUCUGUGGUAUGACUUAAAAAUUGCUGUACACCAGCGGAACCCAUCCAAUCUUCAAGGAGCUGGAGCAGUUUUGCCUUGAAGAAUGGGCAAUAAUCCCAGUGGCUAGAUGUGCCAAGCUUAUAGAGACAUACCCCAAGAGACUUGCAGCUGCAAUUGCUGCAAAGGGUGGCUCUACAAAGUAGGGGUGAAUAGUUAUGCACACUGAAGUGUUCUGUUUUUUUGUCUUAUUUCUUGUUUGUUUCACAAUAAAAAAUAUAUUGCAUCUUCAAAGUGGUAGGCAUGUUGUGUAAAUCAAAUGAUACAAACUCCCAAAAAAUCAAUUUUAAUUCCAGGUUGUAAGGCAACAAAAUAGGAAAAAUGCCAAGGGGGAUGAAUACUUUCGCAAACCACCGUAUGUGGGCCGUGCUGAUCAGUAAGUGUGUGUGUGGAGUCUUGUGUGGCAUUUCCAUGUAUUGAUUCUAUAUCCUUGUGCUGUUUGUUCACUGCUGUUGCGUGAUCCAGUUUUUCUUUCCAUUCAUAAAGGCACACUUCUAGUAGAACUUGUCAUGUUUGGUCACUUCCAGUUGUCUUUGAUCGUAGUCCAGGUCAUGCUUCGUGAUCAAGAAUGUAGUGGUAAAACUUGCAGCUGUCAAUUUAAACACUAAAUGCUCACCAAUUUAAAAAGGAGAAUUGAUGUGUCUUUACGCUACACUACAUCCCUGUUGGUCAUAUCUGGUCAUCUGCUCCCCUCUGUGUGUGUGUGUGUCCCCCAGGUGCCCUGUUGAAGGCGGUGUGUGUGUGCAGCGGCCUGGUCACCUAUCCCUCUCGGCAGUCCCUGGAGGAGCAGCUCUUGCAGCGCUGGGGCGGAGGGGUGGAGAUCCACACCUGGUCCCUCCUGCCCCACGGUUCAGGACUGGGUAAGAAGAGCAAUGGGUUGUGCUCAUUAGGGCAUGUAACGGAAAACAUUUAGCAAGACGUGGGGUUUAGCAAUCGGAGAAUGUUUUGUAACGGAAUAUGAAAAUGUUUUUUAUUUUUAUGGAGAGUCCAGGUAGUCCCUCCCUGUUUCAGUCCAUUUUCUUCCAUUUGUUGCCUAAUGCACAUGACCAUGGGGCUUGGCAGUGUCAGUGUCUCAUAACACAUAAACCACCACAUUGUCUCUUGUUGUGGUGCUACAGAAAAAGCAAAAAACACUACUUGGUCAUCAACGCCAAGAAUUGGGCUAGUCCCUGCACACAUUCACCACUCACUCCUUCGUUCCCCUUCCCCUCACUUCACCUCCCCUCUCCCACUCUUUCUUUGUCUUUCUCCCCGCUAUCUCUCUCACUGCCUAUUGUUGCUCCUGCAGGUACCAGUAGUAUCUUGGCGGGAGCGGUGCUGGCAGCCGUCUACAGAUGCACGGGGCGAACCUACGACACAGACUCCCUCAUUCACGCUGUUCUCCACCUGGAGCAGAUGCUGACCACUGGUGAGAUCUCACUCACAACAACACAUACACAGAAUACCAUUUGCACCUGUGUGGCAGAAGGGGCAACCCAGACACGUCACAGGGGCUAUAAAGCUGAAGCAUCUGUUUUUAGAACGUUUUCUCACCACCAAAUAUAGUAGUGAGAGGAAGUCCAGUCAUGGGUAGUGGGAACUAGGUGAAACUGGGCCGACAUUCUGGUAAUUUUCUCAUCUAUGAUACAUCUGAUCUCAAUACAUUUUUCUGUUCCCCAAACUAAAAUCUGUUACAAAACACAGUGCAAUUAGUUUUAUAGAUUUGACGCUUUGCCAAAGUUGUAAAAAAAAUUGUGUUGUUUAGGAAUGCAAGUUUCGAAUUGAGUUUGAGCACACGUGCACUUCACAGAGGUGGCGUUCCCUACCGGAAAAUAUGCAAAUAUACGCUACAAUGCGCCAAUAGGAUCUCACUAGCUCGUGCUUGGCUUUGCUCACCUCCUUCCUUGUUCUGCCCACUAUGCUUCAUUUGCUCCCACUGUAAACGACACAGAUGAACUGUCUUGGGUUAGUUAUAAAUAUCUUUGGCUAAGCUGUUUGCUGGCUAUGUGUGGAGCCAUGUUGACAUCAUUCAAUGCAUUCUGAGUCACGUAAACAUCUGUCAGACCAAAGAUGUUAUAGCAAAACGAGGUGAAGGGAUGGUUCACUCGAACUUCCGGAAGUGAAUGAUGGUAGACAACACACCCCCUUCGUCUUUAACAUGCAUACUGCAAACAGACCCAACUCAUCUUGUCAGCUCUUUGGUUGAUGGAGAAAAACAAACUACCCACCAUCUGUCUACUUUCGACUUUUAGAAAGUGUUUCACUCAAUUAUUUUGAUCACUGGUAAGCUCACCCUUGAUGUGAUGAAGUGUAAAUAUUAAUUGUUAUUCGCUCAUUCAUAUUAUGAUUUCUAUGAGCUGAGAGUUGGAUAAAUAUGACCACUUGUGUUGGCUCACUCUUUACUCAGUUAGCGCUAGGACCAAUGUAGCCUAUAUAACACAAUGAGAAUUGUGUUAUGCUGUUGCUACUUCUGUCUGAACAUUGCAUCCAAAAAUGAACUGCUUACAUUGAGGACAUAACAUUGUAAAGACUGUGUUUAUGCAAAAUGUUUGUUUUUUUCACAGUGUGGGCCAGCUCAAACACGGACUGUUGCGUCAAUCGUAACUAGACGCACUAAUGAAGUGUUCUAAUCACACCGGUUUGAGCGUACGCAGCAGGGACCACCCGUGUCAAAGGGUUUUAAAUCGCUUUGGGUAAAAGCAUCUGAUAAAUGGCAUAUUAUAUGUUAUUUGUUAUGAUGCGCUCAUUCUGUCUCCCUCUCUCUCCCUGUCUCCCUCCUUAGGUGGUGGUUGGCAGGACCAGGUCGGAGGCUUGGUGGGGGGAGUAAAGGUGGCGCGCUCCAAAGCCUGUCUUCCCCUCCGGGUGGAAGUGGAACGUCUCACUCUCUCAGAGGACUUUCUGCUCUCACUUCAACAGCACCUCCUGCUGGUCUACACCGGCAAGACACGGCUUGCACGAAACUUGCUGCAGGUUAGCCAUCCAGCCUUACAGCACUUAUUCAAAGCCAAAAUGUUAAGAAAGGGGUUAACUAUACCAUUCAUUGAAAAGUCUGACUUAUAUUGUAACUUAUAAAUCAGGCCUUUACUCUGUAAUGAGUUUGAAUUUCCACUGUAAUAAAUCCAACACUAUGCUUUCUGACUCUGUGUACUAGAAAACUUUGUUAGUGCAUUAGUCAAGUUUAGGGUUCAAAAGAUAGUUUUAGGAUUUAAUGAGGUUCUGUAAAGUUCCUUUAAUAUAUUUACACCAAGCAUCCACACUUACUUCCUGUUUCUACAAUAAUAUUUCUGACCACUUCCUGUUUACAGUGUACAGUUGUGGUAGAACACUUCCUCUCAGUGCUGCAGGCAUUUUGUCAUUUCACAUGUACCAUGUAUUUACAUUGACCAUUUACUAGCACAAACCUUUCAAAACGACAUGAUCAAAACAGUACGUCAAAUGCUACAGCUACUUAGAGGAAGGAGAGGAAGCAACUUUAGACUAUUGAGAUUUGUUUGAAGGAUGUUGGGUGUCAUCUCUAAAAUGGCUGCCAUGUUGUUGUGCAGGACACUGUGCGGCGCUGGUACAGCCGUGUGCCCUCCAUCGUGGAGAACGCCGGGCAGCUAGUGGACAACGCAGAAGAGUGUGCCCUUGCAUGUACAGAAGGUGAGAGAGAGAGAGGAAUGGUGUUGAUGCAGCUCUAAAAGUGACUCCCUGGUCCUUCAAACUGCUUAUUUUAAUUGGCUGAUCUUGAGCUUGGUAGGUUAUGGCAACUGCCAUUGCUUGCCACUCCUAAAUUACGCCCAUGCCCACCCCACACCUUAAUAAACACUUUGUUAUAUUUUGUCUCUCCUAGGGCUGUUACGGUGACCGUAUUACAGCCACACCGGCUGUCACGAGUCAUGACGACAGUCAAAUUCAAAGUGACCGUUUAGUCACGCUAAUUAGGCUUCUCCAAGCUCUGAUGCUGCUGAUGGUCAUUAGUAGCCUACCAAAUUUGCUAACUGCCUGGUACUCAGCACUCUAUUGUCCCUCUAAUCACUCUGACAUCAAUGCAAAUGUAAUCGAAAAUCGAAUCAAACACUUCAUGAGAACACAUGAGCUCAUGUUGCACAACAUUUCUAUAGGCUAUGUGAGAGAACAGAGUGAUGGCCUCUAUUAAAAAGAGGAGGAUCCCAUCAGCUUUCUAUAGACUAGGCCUACUAUAUUUAUUUAUCAACUUUCCUAAUAUUAAGCACAUUGCUUCUCUUUACAACAGGAGUAUAGCCUACCUGACUGGCAUGAAAUUGAACCAAGUGAAAAGCGUCCUCCAUUCGCUAUUUAAGUGCAUAGAUGACAUGUAUUUUUUUCUGCUGCCCCUGUUUCGAGACAGGUGCAUGAUAAUGGUCCAUUCUAAAUCCAAACUAAUUUCACACAUAUACAGAUGUGGAAAAAAUUAAGAGACCAAUGCAAAUUUUUCUUAAAUCAGCAUCUCUACAUGUAUGACAGCCAUUCCAUUCCAGUGUUUGUUGAAUUCCAACACAGGCACACCUCAUUCUACUGAAUUAGGUACUGAUUAGGUGAUCACAUGAACCAAAUCUUAUUUAACGAGGAAAAGUAUUAAAACCACUGCUGUGGUCAUCACUAUCCUCCUGCAAUAGGACCAGCUGGAUGGCAAAAACAGUGCUAAUAGUACCUCAAAAGUAAUAUUAAUAAAAAAAUAACUAUUGACCAUGCCAAAAGAGUUGAAAAUGAAUGUUUUGAGUGAGGAAAAGAAGGGUUCAAUUCUGGCUUUACUGGCAGAGGGAUACAGUGAGUGUCAAGUUGCUUCCAUCCUUAAAAUUUCAAAGACGGCGGUUCAUAAGAACAAGGUCAAGCAGCAGACAUUGGGGACAACAAAGCUACAGACCAUCAGAGGGCGAAAACGACUCUCUACUGACCGGGAUGACCACCAACUCAUUCGAAUGUCACUCAACAACCGUAAGAUGACAUCAAGUCACCUACAAAAAUAAUGGCAAACGGCAGCUGGGGUGAAGUGCACGGCGAGGACGGUUCGAAACAGGCUCCUAGGGGCAGGGCUGAAGUCAUGCAAAGCUAGAAAAAAGCCCUUCAUCAAUGAGAAGCAAAGAAGAGACAGGCUGAGGUUUGCAAAAGACCAUAAGGAUUGGACCUUAGAGGACUGGAGUAAGGUCAUCUUCUCUGAUGAGUCCAAUUUUCAGCUUUGCCCAACACCUGGUCGUCUAAUGGUUAGACGGAGACCUGGAGAGGCCUACAAGCCACAGUGUCUCACACCCAGUGUGAAAUUUGGUGGAGGAUCGGUGAUGAUCUGGGGGUGCUUCAGCAAGGCUGGAAUCGGACAGAUUUGUCUUUGUGAAGGACGCAUGAAUGAAGCCACGUACAAGGUUGUCCUGGAAGAAAACCUGCUUCCUUUUGCGCUGACAUUGUUCCCCAACUCUGAGGAUUGGUUUUUCCAGCAGGACAAUGCGCCAUGCCACACAGCCAUGUCAAUCAAAGCGUGGAUGGAGGACCACCAGAUCAAGACCCUGUCAUGGCCAGCCCAAUCUCCAGACCUGAACCCCAUUGAAAACUUCUGGAAUGUGAUCAAGAGGAAGAUGGAUGGUCACAAGCCAUCAAACAAAGCCGAGCUGCUUACAUUUUUGCGCCAGGAGUGGCAUAAAGUCACCCAACAUCAAUGUGAAAGACUGGUGGAGAGCAUGCCAAGACGCAUGAAAGCUGUGAUUGAAAAUCAGGGUUAUUCCACCAAAUAUUGAUUUCUGAACUCUUCCUAAGUUAAAACAUUACUAUUGUGUUGUUUAAAAAUGAACAUGAACUUAUUUUCUUUGCAUCUUUUUUGUUAUUUUGACCAGUUGACAUUUUCUGCAAAUAAAUGCUCUAAAUUACAAUAUUAUUAUUUGGAAUUUGGGAGAAAUGUUGUCAGUAGUUUAUAGAAUAAAACAAAAAUGUUAUUUUUACCCAAACACAUACCUAUAAAUAGUAAAACCAGAGAAACUGAUAAUUUUGCAGUGGCUCUUAAUUUUUUCCGCAGCUGUAUAUUAUUUAGUAUAUUUACAUUUACAUUUUAGUCAUUUAGCAGACGCUCUUAUCCAGAGCAACUUACAGUUAGUGAGUGCAUACAUUUUCAUACUGGCCCCCCGUGGGAAAUGAACCCACAACCCUGGCGUUACAAGCGCCAUGCUCUACCAACUGAGCUACAGUGUGUGUGUGUAUACAGUGCUAUGAAAAAGUAUUUGCCCCCUUUCUAAUUUUCUCUACUUUUGCAUAUUUGUGAUACUGAAUGUUAUCAGAUCUUCAACCAAAACCUAAUAUCAGAUAAAGGGAACAUAAGUGAACAAAUAACACAACAAUUACAUAUUUAUUUCAUAAACAAAGUUAUGCAACACCCAAUUCCCCUGUGUGAAAAAGUAAUUGCCCCCUUACACUCAAUAACUGAUUGUGCCACCUUUAGCUGCAAUGACUCCAACCAAAUGCUUCCUGUAGUUGUUGAUCAGUCUCUCACGUCGCUGUGGAGGAAUUUUGGCCCACUCUUCCAUGCAGAACUGCUUUAACUCAGUGACGUGUGGGUUUUCAAGCAUGAACUGCUCGUUUCAAGUCCUGCCACAACAUCUCAAUUGGGAUUAGGUCUGGACUUUGACUAGGCCAUUCCAAAACUUCAAAUUUGUUGCUUUUUAGCAAUUUUCAUGUAGACUUGAUUGUGUGUUUUGGAUCAUUGUCUUGCUGCAUGACCCAGCUGCGCUUCAGCUUCAGCUCACAGACGGAUGGUCUGACAUUCUCCUGUAGAAUUCUCUGAUACAGAGCAGAAUUCAUGGUUCCUUCUUUUAAGGCCAGGCAUUACUGGAACCAUGUCGUCCAAAAGUUAUACUUUUGAAUCAUCUGUCCAUAGAAUGUUCUUCCAAGAGUCUUGAUGAUCAUCCAGGUGCUUUUUGGCAAACUUGAGUCAACUUUUUGGACGAGAUGGGUCCCAUUAUGCCUUGCGAAAACCAAACACUGCAUUCCACAGUAAGAACAUCAUACCAAAGGUCAAGCAUGGUGGUGGUGGUGUGAUGGUUUGGGGAUGCUUUGCUGCCUCAGGACCUGGAUGACUUGCCUUAAUAGAAGGAACCAUGAAUUCUGCUCUGUAUCAGAAAAUUCUACAGGAGAAUGUCAGACCAUCCGUCUGUCAGCUGAAGCUGAAGCGCAGCUGGGUCAUGCAGCAAGACAACGAUCCAAAACACACAAUCAAGUCUACAUGAAAAUUGCUAAAAAGCAACAAAUUGGACGUUUUGGAAUGGCCUAGUCAAAGUCCAGACCUAAUCCCAAUUGAGAUGUUGUGGCAGGACUUGCAUGAAACGAGCAGUUCAUGCUUGAAAACCUACACGUCACUGAGUUAAAGCAGUUCUGCAUGGAAGAGUGGGCCAAAAUUCCUCCACAGCGACGUGAGAGACUGAUCAACAACUACAGGAAGCAUUUGGUUGGAGUCAUUGCAGCUAAAGGUGGCACAACCAGUUAUUGAGUGUAAGGGGGCAAUUACUUUUUCACACAGGGGAAUUGGGUGUUGCAUAACUUUGUUUAUGAAAUAAAUUAAAUAAAUAUGUAAUUGUUGUGUUAUUUGUUCACUUAUGUUCCCUUUAUCAAAUAUUAGGUUUUGGUUGAAGAUCUGAUAACAUUCAGUAUCACAAAUAUGCAAAAGUAGAGAAAAUUAGAAAGGGGGCAAAUACUUUUUCAUAGCACUGUAUAUGUAAGACAAGAUUAAAUCAAGAAUAGUGUGAUGUGUGUCAAUAUUAGCAUAUCACUUGUGAAUGAUAUUAUCACUUGUGAAUGAUGCCCUGCUUAAGGCAAACAGCGCAUAUUUUUUUUUGCGACUUUUUCAAAUCAUAGUCGCACACCUCAUGUAGUCUAGCUCACAGGCCUAUAUGUUUUGAUAAGGUUUCCACUACAAGUGGCCAAAUAACUUCUUAAAAUGAAGCCCAUUAAUCCACUUUACAACGGGUGUAGAGCCUAAAUGGCAUACAUAUGCAGUGCGUGAGUUUCAAGUUUGGGGAAGAUAAUUCUCACCCUAAAAAUGCACCUUUAUAAUAAAAGCAAUACAUGCAUAAUCGCAUUUGUGGUUACUUUUGAGAAUGGCGUUUUCCUGCUAAUGGAACAUUCACGCUUAGCCUACGGCCGUGUGCGCAUUGCUGAGCUGAUAAUGUGAAGAAAUAGCCUAAUAGUUUAUCAAAAUUUUAAGCUACAUGUUCUCAUCUGUUGCGUCAGGCUCAUUGCUUAAAACAGGUUUUUUGAUGCUAGAGGUUGUAUUAAUUUGGGAUCUAUCGCAUCCCACAACUGUCCCAGACUUGUUUGGAAUAUUUAUUUAUCGCACAGAAUAGAGUAGGUCAACUUUUGUACUAUGGGGGAUAGUAGAUUGACAUAGGCUAGUGCUUUCGCUGUUCGUUAGGCCUACUCAUCUUGUUGGCUGACGAAAAGUAAAUGUGGACAGUCCUUCCAAUAUCUUCAAUAUGCGCCUCGGAAUUGGAGUUGCGUCCCUGAUGUGUCUGUCUUCACUUGUAGCCUGUGAGAAAGACCCGAUCACGUGACGGAGAGCCAUGUGAGUGAGAGGUGCUUCGGCACGCUGGUCACUGGCCGCAAAAGGAAUUGAUUUUUUUAGGGGGCUGGCCACCCCUCAGAGCCUGGUUCCUCUCUAGGUUUCUUCCUAGGUUUCUGCCUUUCUAGGGAGUUUGUCCUAGCCACCGUGCUUCUACAUCGGCAUUGCUUGCUGUUUGGGGUUUUAGGCUGGGUUUCUGUAUAGCACUUUGUGACAUCUGCUGAUGUAAAAAGGGCUUUAUAAAUAACAUUUGAUUGAUUUAUAGCCACAAAAAGGGGAUGCAGCCGGGAAAUUCGAGGCAUUAUCAAGUGCUUGUCAAAUUGUGAAUGAGAGACUGAUGAAGUGUGUACAGCCUGCGCAAAAAAACAAAGCAGAGUUUUCCUUUCAUGCGACUCUUUUCAAAUAAUCAUUGAGUCGCUCAUGCAGCCUUAGAAUGUAUUAACAAUCCCCUCUCAUCUUCCGAUCUCUCUUUCUAACUCCUUCCCUCCUGCCCUCCAUCUCCCCCUAGGCUCUCUCCCUAGGCUGGGGGCUUGUCUGGAGCGUUACUGGGGCCAGAAGAAGGUGAUGGCUCCGGGGUGUGAGCCGGCAGCGGUGCGGAUCAUGAUGGAUGCCCUGCGCCCGCUGGCCCUGGGACAGACGCUGGCGGGGGCGGGGGGAGGGGGCUUCCUCUACCUGCUGACCCGCCAGCCACAGCAGGGGGAGGUGGUGCGUCAGGUCCUCAACAACAUACAAGUAAGUAUAUAGACGGGUGGAGAUGUACUGAAAGGGUCAGGAAUAGUUCAAAUGAAGAUGGGAGGGAAUGAACAGGGCAAAGUUAUAUCAGUCCUAUGUGUUUAAAACUUGAAUUGAAAAUGAAACCAAAAGAACCCAUUUAAAAACAGAGUUCAGCUAUGCUCAGCGUUUCAGCUGACAUUGACUGUUUUUGUGUCACAGGGCCUCCGAGACUUCAGUGUCCAUCUAGUUGAGCUGGACAUGGACGGCAUCUCACUGCUGAAGUCUUCCUGACACAGACAGACUUCUGGACCCUAAGCCAUUUUUAUACAAAUGUAUACAGUGGGGAAAAAAAGUAUUUAGUCAGCCACCAAUUGUGCAACUUCUCCCACUUACAAAGAUGAGAGAGGCCUGUAAUUUUCAUCAUAGGUACACGUCAACUAUGACAGACAAAUUGAGAAUUUUUUUCUCCAGAAAAUCACAUUGUAGGAUUUUUAUUGAAUUUAUUUGCAAAUUAUGGUGGAAAAUAAGUAUUUGGUCACCUACAAACAAGCAAGAUUUCUGGCUCUCACAGACCUGUAACUUCUUCUUUAAGAGGCUCCUCUGUCCUCCACUCGUUACCUGUAUUAAUGGCACCUGUUUGAACUUGUUAUCAGUAUAAAAGACACCUGUCCACAACCUCAAACAGUCACACUCCAAACUCCACUAUGGCCAAGACCAAAGAGCUGUCAAAGGACACCAGAAACAAAAGUGUAGACCUGCACCAGGCUGGGAAGACUGAAUCUGCAAUAGGUAAGCAGCUUGGUUUGAAGAAAUCAACUGUGGGCGCAAUUAUUAGGAAAUGGAAGACAUACAAGACCACUGAUAAUCUCCCUCGAUCUGGUGCUCCACGCAAGAUCUCACCCCGUGGAGUUAAAAUGAUCACAAGAACGGUGAGCAAAAAUCCCAGAACCACACGGGGGGGCCUAGUGAAUGACCUGCAGAGAGCUGGGACCAAAGUAACAAAGCCUACCAUCAGUAACACACUACGCCGCCAGGGACUCAAAUCCUGCAGUGCCAGACGUGUCCCCCUGCUUAAGCCAGUACAUGUCCAGGCCCGUCUGAAGUUUGCUAGAGUGCAUUUGGAUGAUCCAGAAGAGGAUUGGGAGAAUGUCAUAUGGUCAGAUGAAACCAAAAUAGAACUUUUUGGUAAAAACUCAACUCGUCGUGUUUGGAGGACAAAGAAUGCUGAGUUGCAUCCAAAGAACACCAUACCUACUGUGAAGCAUGGGGGUGGAAACAUCAUGCUUUGGGGCUGUUUUUCUGCAAAGGGACCAGGACGACUGACCCGUGUAAAGGAAAGAAUGAAUGGGGCCAUGUAUCGUGAUAUUUUGAGUGAAAACCUCCUUCCAUCAGCAAGGGCAUUGAAGAUGCUGGGUCUUUCAGCAUGACAAUGAUCCCAAACACACCGCCCGGGCAACGAAGUAGUGGCUUCGUAAGAAGCAUUUCAAGGUCCUGGAGUGGCCUAGCCAGUCUCCAGAUCUCAACCCCAUAGAAAAUCUUUGGAGGGAGUUGAAAGUCCGUGUUGCCCAGCGACAGCCCCAAAACAUCACUGCUCUAGAGGAGAUCUGCAUGGAGGAAUGGGCCAAAAUAACAGCAACAGUGUGUGAAAACCUUGUGAAGACUUACAGAAAACGUUUGACCUGUGUCAUUGCCAACAAAGGGUAUAUAACAAAGUAUUGAGAAACUUUUGUUAUUGACCAAAUACUUAUUUUCCACCAUAAUUUGCAAAUAAAUUCAUAAAAAAUCCUACAAUGUGAUUUUCUGGAUUUUUUUUCCUCAUUUUGUCUGUCAUAGUUGACGUGUACCUAUGAUGAAAAUUACAGGCCUCUCUCAUCUUUUUAAGUGGGAGAACUUGCACAAUUGGUGGCUGACUAAAUACUUUUUUCCCCCACUGUAACUACUGUUAUGAUAUAUUGGGGGAAGGUUAGUGUUAAGACAUAUCACAGGAGGUUGGUGGCACCAUAAUUGGGGAGGACGGGCUCAUGGUAAUGGCUGGAGCAGAAUGAAUGGAAUGGUAUUAAAUACAUCAAACACAUGAUUUCCAGGUGUUUGAUGCAAUUCCAUUCGCUCCCUUCCGGCGAUUUAUUAUGAGCAGCCUCCACUGGGACAUAUACACCUUUUAAACCGAAACGUUUUUCCACCAACUUCAGCAUCCCGCCAACUUUUUGCCUACUUUUCUCUAUAUAUGAAAGGUAUUGCCGGCGACAAAGCCAAUACUUUUAUUUCCGCCAACCGACCUAGUCAUGAUUACGGUAAAGUUCUGCCUACGGCUUAGAAUGAAAUGUAGCCUUAAUGCUGUGGCACCAUUGGCCCUACUGCGCUCUUAAUGGUUGCUAGACAGCUACGUGGUCCUCUGUAGCUCAGCUGGUAGAGCACGGCGCUUGUAACACCAAGGUAGUGGGUUCGAUCCCCGGGACCACCCAUACACAAAAAUGUAUGCACGCAUGACUGUAAGUCGCUUUGGAUAAAAGCGUCUGCUAAAUGGCAUUAUUAUUAUUAUUAUUAUUAUUACUAUCCUCCUGCCAGUUCUAAACUUCGCGAGGCAUGUCACUUCACCCAUCUCUUUGCAUAGCCCACCACAUGCACUAUGUUCUUAACCACAACUGGAUGAAUCAUAAAUAAUUAUUGUGGGAAUAAAUAUCACUGAAUGAUGGAAAUAUUGAAAGCAACAAAUUGUGGCUUACUGAAACUCCCAAAGUCAUCCAAUUGUUUAUAAUAGGCCUACAUUUUAUUUGAGGUGAGUGCUGCUCAUGAUCAUCUUGUCUAGUUGGCUCAUUUAUUAGCACUGAUCAUAACAUUUUUACCAGUAUGUUAUGUAGCUUAACAUGUGGAUGAUUUUGCUCUUCACUCGAGCAUAUAGGCAACUCCAAAAGCCCGCAGAGGUUGUGAAAUAGGAACACGAGACGCCAAUGCUUUUGAAAAUAUAGAUUGCUAUUAUUUUCUAUCGGUAUCAUGAUGAAGAUACUCUCAAUGUAAGAUCCUAUGCCUGCUCCCUAACAAAGCAGAGUUAGGGUAGGAAAGAGAUGAAACGUAGAUUUUAAAAAGCAUGGGGUUGCUUUGGGCUGUUUAAAUAUAUCACUUUUGAUAUGACAACAGCUCCACAUGUUGUAUUCUUAGUCAACACAAUGUAUAGUAGGCUGUCUUUUUCUGUUUAAUAAGCAAAAUAACUAUUGAUUUCAUGUGCAUGCUGCAGCCAUAUAGGCUGCACAGACCAGUAACACAAUUAAAGUCAAUAUGUAAUUCUAUCCUUUUGAACAUACAUUUUAUUAGUCUUGUGUUUCUUAGGAUCUGCCUAAACAAAUGAAUAAUGGAUGUAUUUUUUAUGGUGUAUAUUCUCAAUGGAUUUAUUUAAAAAGGACGCCCACCCACAUCUGCACACCACUACUACCACUUGUCCCCGCCAUGCGCAUGGGAGUCAUAAAAGGCAUCCGCAGGCAAUAAUGUGGUAAAAAUGGGCCUGUUUAUAAGGGGGUCAUAUAAACAUUGGGAGAAAAAAAUUAGCAGGCAAAAUACCUUAAAUCCUAUGUGAACGCAGUAAUGGACACUGUCCAGGAUACCCUUUCGCACUCCAUCCCCCUAGAUGGCAGCAACUGGGUCCAGGUGCUAAGCCUGGUUGAUAAGCACACAUUGGUGCUGCCAAUUAGGGUGAUCGUCAGUCAGUGUCCCAGCAUGCAAGCCGUGAGGCUGCUGGUUCGUUUGGUGGCCAUGAGGCCUUUCGUUUGCUUUUGAAUCAUUAGUUUGGACAUGCCUGUUGGCGGUUUCCACUUUGUACAUAUGUGUUUCGUCACCAUCUGAACAAAUAAUAAUCUGCUUGGAUGGCCAACCAAGAGGUCAAGAGACAGAGCUGGCACUGGACCAAGAUAAGUUUGCUGUCUCCCUGCGCAACACCUAGGCACAUGCGUUGAUUUCUCACAAAUGCACACAUUCAUUCAUGUUACAGGACCCCUAGACAAAGAGUGCCACAAUAUCUGUAGGCUAGUUAUGGGUUUCGUCACACUACUUACUGCUACUUUUCCAUGCAACAAGAUCACCAACACACUUGAUCAAAAUGUUUAAUAUGGUAUAUUGAUUUUUGUGAGGUUUUAUUGUAAUUGUAUGAGAUAUGGAAUAUUAAUUUAUAGAAGUCUUAGUGAAAGAUUAUCCCGAGUUGCAUGUUGAAUAUAGGGGCCUCCUGGAAACAAGAAAAUCUGUAAUAAGAGCUUGUAGUCUGCCUUGAUGUAUUUGCAGUGUAUAACAAAAUUGUAAGGGAAAUGAGGCAUGAACAUACCACUUGGAAGCAAUUUUGUAUUUGAGUGAAGAUAAACCAUCAUUUGUUUGUUUGUUUGCGGUCAGACUAAAAUACAUUUGAUACAUGGAAUCCUGCUCUGUGCAAUACCUUGGGCAAACUUCAGCAUGAAUCUCUUAAUUUCUUGACAAACAUUGAAUACAAAAUACCCUUUUGACUCUACUGACAGAACAUUACAGGCCAAUGAGUAAUGUAGUGGCACUCCAGAUCAGUGCUAAUGAUGUGUGUGUGUGUGUGCACUUGAUGUUCACCCUCGGGACUGGAGGAGUGAGUCUUUUCUCUUCCAUCUUUUAGCCAAUGUCUAAAAUUGCUUCCUCUUCUUUCCCCCUUUCCUUAAAAUGGCACUGACGUGAGACUUUUGUGGCUGAUACCCUGGCAGUGUAUCACUGAAGUCGCGUGAGCCACUUUAUCAAGUGUUUACAUUUCAGAGACUUAUGUUGAUUAGUAGAAAAUGGGCACCCAUCAUUGAUUUCUAUGUCUUCAUAUUUGUGCAGAUAAAUGAGAGGAGUGGAAGUCACUUUAGAGUAUCGAGAAUUAUGCACCCAAGGCCUCAGGUGUGGCCAUUCUGGUGAAGGUCUCAUUUUCCGGCCACCACUGACAAUUGGUCACGGAUCCGGCCCAGGCCGUCCAGCAUGGUGUCCAGAGUCUCCUUGCUCAACUCCACUGUGACAGAUGAGAGAGCGCCACUGCCCCCUAGACAGCUGGAGUCCUCCACCUGCAAUAGCAACACAGUCACUUAUACCCAGACCAAAUUCAACAAGCCCUGAAAUGGGUGCCAGUACUCAUUUUGGGUGCAGGAUAUCCAAUAAUACUUCUGUGCUAAUAUUCUAUGAGGUGCAGUAGAACAUUUGAGGUGCCGGUACUCUGCUCCUGCCCAAGUCAAGCACUGGAUGUAAGUGACAAAGUGCAGAAAAUGGUGUCAAUGGUAAUAUUAUGGUGAGGAGGACACGUUUGUUGAGACCAGUGCAUGGUGCACAUUGGCAUACCUUCAUGUGCACCAGGCAGGUGGGCACAGCCAUGCGACUGACCGAGUCAGAUGCUGUCUUCAUGUCCACUCUCCAGUCCAUCUCCACUAGAUGGGGCAGCGAAACUGGAGAACAGUCAACCAAAAGUUAAGCAGUGUCAGGGUUGGUACCUCUCUCUCACACACACACACACACACUCAAUUUACCCACAUUGGCAUACAGGUCAAUGCAUAAAUAAAUAUUCUGUCAUUCAGUAACUGAUAUUUCAAAGAAUAGAGCCUGGAUAUGCUUACUUUGAUUACACAGAGCCUCAUUUCUCCAUGUGGGACUAAAAAAAAUAAAAACAUAUCAGUAACCAUACUUUCAAAUAUUUGACACCAUUUCAGUUCACAAAAUUGGACAUGCACAUUGUAGAACUAUGAGAAAGUGGUCAUUGGUAAGCAUGGGAGGGAUGGCUACAGACCUGUGCUCAAGCAGAAUCUUGGUAAUGAGGUUCUUGAGGCUGGGGUGGAAUGACUUGGGGAAUAGUACAAGGAUCUGCUCGGGCGCUGUCAGGUUAUGGAAUAGGAUGUGGUGAGAAAGGGUGUGCAGGGCUGCGACAAGCUGGAAGAGAAGAGAACAGGAUCAAUUGGUGUCCUCUCCCAGAGGACCGGUUUGACAAACACUGGUGGUUUUAGAGACACUGGUGUAGAGCAGGUGAGUCGUGUUGGUUGUUCUAUACAUUAGGCCUACAUUCAUAUCAGCAUUCUGUAGUAAUAUUGUAGCAAACGGUGACAGUACAACACCCUUUGCACAUCUUGAACCCAGGGUCGCUUUACUAUGUACACGCUUCUUUGUCGCUGAUGAGAAUGAGUGAAUGGCAUCAGUGUUAGAAUUCUAAAGCUGCAGUCUGUGUGCAGUGCACCCUGUUUUUCUCCUUGGUUGACGACUGAUCUUGCAAUUACUUUACUUUCUCACACUCACCUCCUUUGCCUCGAUGGCAGAUACAGACAGGGUCCCUGCUGUGCUUUCCGCGAGCCGCCGUGACUCGGGGGCUCCAGAAGGGAAACUGUCAGCACACAGCUGCCGCACCGCAUCCUUUGAUGGAGCCUUCUCACAUUCAUGGUAG